ACUAGAGCUGUAGAAGAUAUUGAGUAGAUGUGAAUCGUUUGUAAGCCGUGCAGUAUCAGCUUAGCAGUUGUCGCUUAAUGACCAGUGUACGGCAGCUGGAUUAAUGGGGAAUUUGACAUUUUAAUAACAACUCAGGUUGACAAUGUAUGGAACAAUUUACACAGCUUUGGGAUUUAUGCUUAUAUUUGCUGUGUCAGCAAUUCACAUCGUCUCAUUGCAUUUUCCGGACAAAGUGAAGUCUGGACAAGAGCUUCAGCUGAGGUGUGACUACAAUUUAGACGGUGAGAAUCUUUACUCUGUCAAGUGGUACCGAGAUGACAUGGAGUUCUUCCGCUACGUGCCCAUGGACAACCCUGUGAAACAGAUAUUCUCUUUAGAUGGUAUUGAGGUUGAUAUAGAAAGAUCCAACAAGGACAUCGUGGUUCUCACCAAAGUGACUCCAACUACUGAAGGGAUAUUUCGUUGUGAAGUAUCUGCUGACGCUCCUUCCUUUCAAACAGUUUCUGCUGAGAAAGUGAUGACAAUUCAGGUAAAUUCUGCAUCCAUGAUGAAAAAAACGGAUUCUACAGGAGCAGCACUAGUUGUGUUUUUCCUAUGGAGAAAGUUGUUGGAAAUCUGCUAAAAGCAGCUGAACGGAGAAAACUAAAAGUAUGUGCGUUUGUGUGAGACUAUAGAGAAAUGAAGAAGAUCGAAGAAUGCAGCAGCUUUCCUGUCGUUUGGAAAGAAAUAAAACAUGAUCACCCUGCUGUUGAUGUGAAAUACAUGUCUAAAUGUUACUUAUGAAGAGUGUUAAACUAGGAAACAUUCUACACAAAAAAUUUAUUAUAUCUUUCAUAUUUUGAUGUAUAUUAUACACAAUAUCUAAGCCUAUUAAGCGUUAUUCCUCGUGUAUACACAUAAACAAAUUCUCACUAAUCUUGUUUUAAGUUUAAGCUUGACAGUAUAAGAUUGUGAUUCUUGAUCCUUGUUUAAAUAAUCGUCCAUUGUUUUUUUAAAUGCUCUAAUAUUUCCAAGUAUAUUGGCAUGAAUUCUUCUUGAAUAAUUUCUUGAUUUAUGACAAAAAAUACGAAAGAUGUAAGAAUAUAAAUGAAUAAUACAUAAGAUAUACAAUUGAAA